UAUUAUGGAGAGCUCUGUGUCCAACUUAGAGAUCUGUAACUUGGCAUACACAGGCAAAUUUGAUCAGCUUAAAAAAUGCAUUUUGUCUGACAGAAGACUGGCGGCGAAAACAGAUCAGGACAACAGGACUGCUUUGCACUGGGCUUGUUCAGCUGGACAUACCCAUAUCGUUCAGUUUCUUCUGGAUCUUGGAGUUGAGGUGGAUGUUAAGGAUGAUGCGUCUUGGACUCCUCUGCACAUUGCAGCUUCUGCAGGAAGGGAGGAAAUUGUUAGAUCUUUAAUAGGCAGAGGAGCUCAGCUGAAUUCAGUCAACCAAAAUGGUUGCACCCCAUUACAUUAUGCGGCGUCGAAGGACAGAUAUGAGAUAGCCCUGAUUUUGCUGGAAAAUGGUGCAGACCCUAACGCCACAGAUAAACUAGAAUCCACACCUCUACACAGAGCCUCAGCAAAGGGGAACUAUCGUCUCAUCCAGCUUCUCUUAAAACAGAGCGCUUCUACUAAUAUUCAGGACUCAGAGGGCAACACACCGCUCCAUCUUGCAUGUGAUGAGGAGCGAGUAGAGGCUGCAAAGCUCUUAGUUGAACACGGCGCCAGUAUUUACAUUGAGAAUAAGGAGGAGAAGACACCUUUACAGAUCGCCAAAGGUGGACUUGGUAAUAUUCUUAGGAGGAUUGUGGAAGGCUGAAACAAUUCUAAGAAGGUUUGUGCAUCAGCUGUUUCCGGCGUGAGGAGCUCCUGUCCACCAUCUUUUCGGACAGCCAACAAAAAGUGUUCAAGACUAGAGCCUGGACUUGAGGGUGUAAGUGUGAAAUCUAAAAAGAUCAUCUUUUUUUUGCAUCUGAUUUAAUAAAACAUGCACUUCUCUUAAACCUACAUCUAACACAUCAAGUAUUUUUUUUUUUGGAGGCAGGUCUAACAUAUUGAAAUCAUUAGUUCACAGUUAUUAAGUUUACAUUGCUGUUUCUUUAAUAGGGAAAUAAAUGAUAAAAUACACUUAACAUUGUUCUAUGUCUGCUUUUCAUACACUUUACAAUGUUAUAUUCCUUUAGUGAUUAGUUAAUGUUAAUUAGGGACACUGUUUGCACAGUUGCUUCAUUAUACAGGUUUUUGUGUUAAAAUAAAAGAGCAGUUCAUCUAACUAUCACUGUUUACCUAAGAGUUGCAAGAAACCCAAUCUACCCUCAGGUUUCAUGUUUCCAUAUAGCAAUAAUCAUAGAUCUUGUCCCUAAAAUUGCUCAAACAAUAGAAAUUGUCAUUGUUUUAGCAAAACGAAAUCACUCAUUCUAAAUAUAAAGAAGCACUAAUUUCUCUAAAAAAAAUGUGUCAAAAUUAUUGACACCCCUACGAAUAUUUAAAUAAAUGCAAAUUGCUGUUCUUGAAAAUGUAUACUAUUUUUUUCCAUCUCACAUGCCAAGAAUCUCCAUUGUUUCCUUUUACCAUGUAAUGUUUAUCUGGGGUAUAAAUGUGAUUUGUAUACCUGUAAAAUGCCUGUCAUUCAAUACCAUGACAAAACCCAAAGAAAUUUGGUUGACAGAAACCAAGCGAGGUGAUAAAAUGCAUUCAGUGAUGGCGUCACUGCCAACGCACAUACCUUGAGAAAAAUACAGAAACCUAAACAUAAAAGAUUGUAAUCACCAUUGCUCUUUUAUUUCACUUUUAAUGUGAUAUCAAAAUUUACAUACCACUAAAAUUUAUGUGAAAACCAAACAGAAAUGUCUUUUGGAGAAAAACAAAAAAACAGCCUGGUUGAUGUUAUAGGGUCAGUUCAAAUACCGGAUCUGUUCCACUUUAAAUUAAAUAGUUU